AUGACACCACGUUGGGCAGCUUUACUUCUAGGUAGCCUGCUUGCCAACUGUGCUAUGCAUCCUGCUUGCCAACUGUGCUAUGCAUGUGAGUUAGGCUUUUUUGUCGAUUUUUGUAACAGUAACUCAACUGCAUCAGUCUGCUCCCUUAAACGUCCACAGCGUUUUAGGGAUCCAGGUGAUGUAAAGAAACACACCAUGAAAUCACUUGAGGUGGCUCCUGUGGGAGAUGGACAUCAUGGCAGAGAUUUCUACAAAUUUUUCUUCACUGAACAUCCAGAGGUUCGCCAGUUCUACAAAGGCGCUGAAGAAUUCAAAGCUGAAGACGUACAGAAGAGCGAAAGAUUCGAUAAACUCGGAGAUGCUAUUUUACUGUUUGUUCAUGUCUUAGCGAAUACCUACGACAAUGAACCGGUGUUUCGUGCUUUCACUCGUAGAACCAUGAAAGAGCACUUCGACAGAGGAAUUGAUCCCAAAUAUUGGAAGUCUUAUGGUCGUGUCCCAAAUUGUAAUCUAAGCGCUGCUUUCAUUAAGGAACCGGUGUUCCGUGCUUUCACUCGCAGAACCAUGAAAGAGCACUUCGACAGAGGAAUUGAUCCCAAAUAUUGGAAGUUGUUCUGGGGCAUUUGGAUGGAUUUCCUAAUGAGCAAAGGAGCAAAGCUUACUGAUGAACAAAAAGAGGCAUGGGAUACACUGGGCAAGAUGUUCAACGAGGAAAGUCAAGCAUAUCUGGCCAAGCUCGGACUUCCUCAUAUCUGA